GCAUUGGCCAGCAGGGGCGCUGUGCCGAGAGGAGGAGGAGGAGGACUAGGAGGAGGGCUGCUUGGCUUCGGCCUCUGUUCCUAGUCCCAGCCCCCGGGGCAGCCAUGGCGAAGAGGCGAAGGCGGAGAAGGGAGGGCCUCCUCGCCUGAGGCCUCCAGGGGCCUCGAUGUCGGGCUGCGGGAUGGAGGCCGACUACCCGGCCUUCGAGAACCCGCUCUGCGGAGAGCUCAAGCACAUCUGCCACCGGCUGCGGGAGACCUACAAGGAGAUCAAGGAGGACCUCACCCCCUACAAGGAUGACAGAUACUACAGGUUGGCCCCAAUGCGAUUGUAUACACUGUCCAAGCGCCACUUUGUCUUGGUCUUUGUUGUAUUCUUCCUAUGUUUUGGUUUGACUGUCUUAAUUGGUAUUGUAGGUCCCAAUGUCAUUCUUUCAGAAACAACUCGGUUAAAUAAUAGUUCCAAGAUAAGCCAAUUUAAUUUAAGUUCCAAACCAUUAUCUACUUAUAAUCAACAGUUAUGGCUGACAUGCACAAUGCAGUUGGGUCAGCCUUAUGAUGACAAAUGGAAAAACUUGAAAGUUGGUUUUAAUAUGUCAGUGACAAUACGUGGUGUAACAGAGAAUGCAAGCGUAAGACAUUUCAACAAGGAAAAAUACAACCAGACAAAGCUACUCAGCUGUGCACCACAAUGUGCUGAAAUCAUUGUGCUUCAUCUGGGUUACCUGAACUACAUUCGUUACGAUAUCAGUGUAUCCUUUGACAAUCUUCUUCCAUUCUACCAGAUCAAGAGUUACGACUUCACAUGGAAAACCUAUAAUCCGUCCUUCUCGCAAAUGGAAAUCUGGUUCCGGUUUGUUUUUGUCGUUCUUACUUUCAUAGUCACAUGCCUCUUUGCACACUCGCUGCGGAAGUUCUCCAUGCGUGAUUGGGGAAUUGAGCAGAAGUGGAUGUCCAUCCUUCUCCCUCUGCUGCUGCUUUAUAAUGAUCCCUUUUUUCCCCUUUCAUUCCUAAUCAGUAGUUGGUUUCCUGGAAUGCUGGAUGACUUCUUCCAGUCAUUGUUUCUGUGUGCUUUGCUGCUCUUCUGGCUCUGUGUCUACCAUGGGAUCAGAGUGCAGGGAGAAAGGAAGUGCGUAACAUUCUAUUUUCCUAAACUCCUUAUUGUUGGUCUUCUGUGGUUGGCUUCUGUUACAUUAGGAAUAUGGCAGACAGUCAAUGAGCUUCAUGAUCCAACUUACCAGUAUGGGAUUGACACAAGUAACUUUCAAAGAAUGAAAAUCUUCUUCCUUGUGGUAGCAACAGUGUACAUUUUGUACCUUUUGUUCCUGAUCAUCAGAGCCUGCUCAGAACUUCGUAACCUGCCCUAUGUUGAUCUCAGGUUGAAAUUCUUAACUGCACUGACAUUUGUUGUGCUUGUCUUUAGCAUUACCAUACUUUAUUUGCGUUUUGGAUCACAAGUUCUACAGGACAACUUUGUGACUGAACUCUCAACUCAUUAUCAUAAUUCUGCAGAGUUCUUAUCAUUUUAUGGCUUAUUGAACUUCUAUCUCUACACUUUAGCCUUUGUGUAUUCGCCAUCAAAAAAUGCCCUGUAUGAGUCUCAGCUGAAAGAUAAUCCUGCUUUUUCCAUGUUGAAUGACUCAGAUGAUGAUGUGAUUUAUGGGAGUGACUAUGAAGAAAUGCCUCUUCAGAAUGGUCAAGCAAUCAGAGCCAAAUUCAAAGAAGAAUCGGACAGUGAUUAAAGUGACUUGCUGUAUUGAGAACUAGAAGCAAUGCUGACCUUUUCCGUGUUUCUGCCAUGUCUACAGUUAACAAGCCUAGUCUUCUGUGGAAAUACUUCCUGUUUCUCCUUCUGUGUUUACAAAUUCCAAAAUGAAGUGUGUGUAGGAGAGAGAAUAUUAGGGUUUUUUUAAAAAAAAAAAACCAGUUUGUGGUUUUAAAAAAAUACAAAAGCACUAGCUUAAAAAAAAGACACUUGUAGUAAGAUGCCACCAGAUUGCUGAGCUCAAAAGGCCUUGGGAGUGAUAAUUCAAUGUGUUCAGUGAUAAUAUCAAUUUCCCAAUUGUUUCAUAGCUGUUAUCUUGGAGGUGAUAUUCAGGAAUGUACUAUUUUAGUUGGAAACUGUAGGUAGAGUGGAAGAAAACAGAGUGCCUCAACUCUCAACAUCUCUUCAUUCCAAACCUACCCAGAGAUUGGGAUCUCAUUUCAUAGGUGGAGAGAUGUUAGGCAAGAAUCACAAUUGUGAUUAACCUAGUUGUGACUUGAGUUCAUGAAGUAGAUUUUUUUCCAGUUUGUGACUAGUGCACAAAGGUUCAAUCUUGAGAUUAAUGUAAUUUUAAGUGAUAUUAUAUAAACAGGGAAAAUAAUCUGAGCAAGAGAAUUGUUUCAAGGCUCUUUUUCUUGUCUUAAAAUUUUCAAAAUAGACUGCAGAAUUUAGUAAAAAGCCUAGCCUUAUACCUGAGGAUCUUCCGCACAUAUAAAUGCGUGGAUGCUAAUUUUCUUAUGAAAGGGAACCACUGGUAACUUAAACACACAUUCCUGUAACCUCUCUCUACAUCUUUUUCCCCCCUGAAUAUGAAUAUAUUACUUUGGACCUUAAGAACCAGUAACAUAGAAACAAACACAUAAUGUGUUGGAUUAAGUACUUAAGUGAUUAGUACAUAUGUAAGUAAAACCUCAUUUCAUGAAGAAAGAUGCAAAAGUGGUAGUUGAGCCUUUUGUUGGAUUAAUUUUUGUUUUGGCAAAUGAAGGUUCAAAUUGCACAGAAGUCUUUAGAUUUCAAAGUUUUGAUAAUGACUUUUUAGAAGAGGACAACGUGGAGGUUGCUUGAGAUAGUCUUUGCAUGGUGGCUGUCCCAUAUGCUGGCUGUAACGUAAAAUAGUUCAUCACUGCACAUGAGUACAAUGGGAUCAAGUUGCUCUAAACAUCACAGCAGUGGCAUGAUGAUGUUUCAUGUGGUGGCUGUGAAUGUGCUCAAAGUCGAUUCAGUAACAAGUUUAAUCUGACCCUUUUAGAUCCUGCCUGUUUGGAAGCAACCUUUUAUUUUAGCCUUUUUAAAAGACUUUUUUUCCCAGACAUAUUUUAGACAUACUUCUCCAACUUGUGUGUAUUCCUUUCUUGACCAUACUGGAAUAUUACACUAUAGUAUUGAACAUGAAAAGGCUUGCCAAAAUGGUGUCGCCAGUCACUAUUUAUUGGGAAUAUCUGUAAUCUUCCAGGGCCUUGGUUCUAAACACAUUUUGUGAAGUAGUAGCACAGACAAUUAAUUUUACUGGAUAGUCUCCACAUACCUCACAAAAGUAUGUCAGUAUUUUAAUGUUCUUUCAAAACUGCAAUUUGUGUAAACUCCAGUUACACAAGCAUUUCAAACGUGUACUACAGAGCAAAAUGAAACUGGUCAAAAGCUUUAGACCAAUGAGCCCUAUUCAAAUUGAAUGUAAAAGUCAAUUUCUACUGUUCACACUUGAAUUGUUACAAAUUUAUCUCUGUUUUUCAAAUAUUGCCCUUAAUAUGCUUUAGGCUGCCAAGUAGUCUUGUCAACAGUUCAUUCUACACAUAUAGAUUCAAGUCCUAAGUUGGGCUAGAAAGAACCUUUUUUGUGGGUAGAAAGUAUUUCCCUUUGUGUGACAACAAGUGGCUCUUCAUUGUUUCAAGGGGUUACAGUGGGGAAAAGGCUUAGUGCGACCACAAAAUGCUGCGUACAUAGCUUUGGAUCCCACAUACAUAAAAGAAGUGUGUAAUAAGUGAUAUAAUGAAGCAACUAAUAUAUUAUGAAGGAUUAGUUCAUUAAUUUUUGCAAGUCAUUGUUUACACUGAUACUAAAGCUAUUAAAAGAUGCAACACAUUUUGCAUAUCAAAAGUCUUAGAUCUGUAAUACAAUCAGCUGAGUUUGAAACAUCACUUUAGCUGAAAGUCAGACGUUGGUUAAACCAUUUCAGAUGCCUUCAUUCUGUGGUGUUUAGCAUAUUAGAAUAUUAGUAUAUAGUUAACAUAAUAUUUUUUACUGUAAAUUAAAGCCAAAACAGAGUACAGUAUAUUCAAAAUUCUCAUAAAGAGAACCGGAAAAUUAAUGUGCAUUUUUUCCUGGCUUUUUAAAAUGCUUUAUGUUGGCUCCUGGUAAUCAUGUGAAAAAAUUGUGCUAUUCACCAUUCGAUGUACAUAUUCCUUCAGAUUGUUUGCUUUGCUUAUCUAAGCUUUUAUAAAUCUAAUUUUGGUUGGCAUAGUUUCCAGGUUGUUUUUUCUCCUUUAAGUCCAGAGAAAGCAAAUGAAUCCAGCAAAUGAAUUGCUGGAUUCAUUUCCUUAUUAAAUGAACUUAAAAUUACAUUUUAGAAAGGUAGUUUUGUUUUUUAAGCUGGUAAUGUAAGUUGUAUCGAUUUCAGCAAAACAAAAUAAUAAUCAGAAAUAAAAAUGUUAUUAAUUAAAAACUUGAGAUUUUUACAUGCUAAAUUGUGGCUGCAUUAUACUGGUAAUAUAGAAGUAUUUUGUGUAAAAAAAAGAGAAAGAAAUAUUAAAACAAUAUUAUCUUAAUGUAUUUGUCAUCUUGAACUUCAUUGUUCAGAUUGGCAUCUUUAAACUGGUUUGACAGACGAAGCUCAAAUGGUAUUGAAUAUAAUUGUGUACCUCUUUCUGUAAAAGAAAGGAAUCCUUGGUGUAGAAAUGAAUCAUUUUUGUCCAGAAAACUUUUUGUGGGAAAUAAAUGUUUUGUUGAUUUUGUUUGUAUUUUUUUAUGAUGCAGCCUUAAAUGCCCAGAUUAAAACACCUAAAUUUUUAUACCCUUACUUUCACCCCACCAAGGGAUCCAAGGCAGCUUUCAAUAUUUUUAAAAAAAAUUCAGAAAGCAAAGUAAUAAUUGUGAUGUAGUCUGUGAUGAAACUAGAAACAUGAUGUGUUUAUUUCUGAUCCUUUGCUCUUUAGAAGCUGAGAGUAUUUUAAUCUUAUUAUUAAUCAGAACUUCUUUGCACUGAUGUAGUGGUGAUAUAAUUAAUCAGGAUGUAUAAUACACCCUUUCAAUUAAACAGGAGAUUCACUGGUAUGCUCAUUCCAUAUUCCCUACAAGUUGCUGAUAACUGCCAAUGAAAAUGUAUUUUUGUUUGUUGUAUGGAUUAGCACCUGUGAAGACAGUUGCCAAACCCUGUUACUUGAGUGAGCUUUUAAGUAAAAUAGAUCCCCUUGUAAAUAAAACGAUCCUCAGAAGAUAACUGUAUGAUUCAGUGAAGGAAAGUAACAUUCCUUACAAAACUUGCUAAUUGUCUUUCCCCUUGUAUAAUAAAACAGUCCUCAGAAGGUAAUUGUCAGAUUAGUGAAGGAAAAUAGCACUUUUUAGUAAACUUGGUAUUUUUCUUUGUUACCAAAAACGUUGCUGGUUUUGUAUAGAGGAAUCAAGAAAUGGCUUCAGUGGCAUGUAUAGAAAGUUUUGUUUAAUGUUUCAUGGGUGCAAAAUGUCUCUAAAGAAACAUGAGCAUUGUCUUUUAGCUGUGUAGUGUGUUCAUGUAUGCUUCUAAUUUAUACCGCCUUCUUUCUGGACCUGGUUGUAGCUAUAUUCACAUUAACUUUCCAAUUGUGAUUGUACCCGUAUAGAUAAAAGCAUCUGAAGAUCUAAGUUCUUACCUCUGCCGUUAACUAAAGUCUUGAAUUAAAACAGAAAGACAUGUACAAUGCCAAUAAAACUAAAACACAUGAGCAUAACUAGGGUUGUGCUGAAUAUUCUCCAUUCAACAUUUGUGAAUAGAAACUGGAAAUUUUUAUGAGUCCCCACUGCCCUACAGACAGUGUAAAUUCUCUGCUGAGCUUCUAAAAGUCACUGGCUCUCUGCUGCUUUAGCAUCCUUUUCUUUGUGCCUGUUGCUGCUUUGUUCUUGAUUCAGUCACAAAGAUGAUCCCACUCACUCCGGAUCAGGUAAUGAAAGGGGCUGGUGUUAUAACUCCCAUUUGGCCAAUUGGAUUUGGCUGUAUGAUGACAAUUUAAAACAAAGGAACAUUUUUUGGGGGAAAUCCUGUCUCAAAAACUCAGUCUUUUCAUUACUGCCAAAAAGUACAAGAAAGUAAUUUUAUCUCAGCUCAUUGUAACCCAGUAGAAGCAUAUGAUGAUCUUUAUAAGAAGUAUGAUUGAAAAUCCUUGUCAGACUUACUCUACAGGCUUAUCCUAAUUGGUUCAAUGGGACUACUCUCAUAUGAAAUGGAAAACAUUGUGGCUUUCUAAUGAUAAAAAUAUUUUAGAUUGGUGACUGAGCAAAAAGACAAAUGUUGCAUUUCAGUGGUAUAGUUCUCUGUGUUGCAUUUGUAGCCAUAUUUUUAAUUGUGCCAGUAAUUGAUGUGUAAAGAUCCUGACAUCAGUGUACAACUGAACCCAACAUUUGUAAAUAAAUGUACAAAGACAUAAAUCUCUAGAAAACAUUUUAUACCAAAAUAUGGCUAAAGGAUUUUCAAAGUGAUGUUCAUGUUGAUGAGAAAUUGUAAAUAGUUAUGCUUUUCAGAAGAUAUGCAUGGUUUAUCUUAAUAUGUUAUCUUCAUGCUUCAGGGAAAAUGCUGUUUGUAAUUAUGAUGGAAACCGGGAAUAUGGGUGAUAACAUUCACUGAACAAUAAUCUAAGAGCAAAAUUAAGAUUUACACUAAGUACGUAUUGGGUUUUGAAAUGCUUUGGAGAUGCUGCAUAAUAAAGUCAUUGUGUUCAACCUGUUCAUAAUAAAGUUUUAUACUGAGCCUCUGUACCCACAUCAGUUGCCUAAUUUCCUGGAGACAAUAAAUAGUACCAUAUGUUCA